UGGAGUCAUCUGGGAGAUACCUGACCGAACAACAAGCAGAUCUGAUUUACUCCCAUGGGAUGAUGUUCUUACGGACUCAUCGGUUCCUGACAUUUCUAUCCCAGAGGCACAACCUGAUGUUUUGGAUAUCUCGGCCGAAAAUCCGUAUGGUGCACCACCAGCUUCGAGAUUGCAAAGCGCGACGGUACAACAUCAGAAUGGAGCACACCUUUAUCGAUGAGGAUCAGAUGAAGUGGUGUAAGCGACUUUGCCAGUUAUCUGAUAGACGCAAUCUUGCCCAGUCCAUUGCCAAAAAGGCACCCGUUAGAUUGGUUGCAAUGAAGUUUCACAUCAACAAAUUAAACAAGAUCAACAAACGGAGGGAGAUGAGAUAGAAAAAACA